AUGUCAAAUUCGAUUGUAGAAAACUAAUAAAAAUAUAUGCCAAAGUAAAAAGGUUAAGGUAGCACAAACUCUACUGGAGUAGUAAACUCUUCAUAAGAUCUAGCAAUGCAUGAUCCAGCAAUAAUCUUCUCAUCUAGCACUGAGUCAAGUGCCACUACUAAAAUAAACACUAUUAGUAGCAGUGUUAUUGGGGCUGCUGCUGAUGAUUUGUUGACAACUACUGAACUUGAAUAUUUGUAUACUUAUUGGAUUUUCCAAAAGCAAUAACAAAACAGAGAUCAUCAUUUAUCAGCCAAUGAAUUCGAAAGUCAAAUCAAACCUAUUGCAAAAUUUAAGACGUUCGUUGAUGAAGUCAAGCCAAUGUGGGAAGACGAAGCUAACAAAAAUGGAGGCAGAUGGGUAAUCAGAGUUAAUAAGGGCUACUCUAAUAAAUUGUGGGAAGACUUAACUCUUGCAAUGAUAGGAGAGCAAUUUGAAUGUGAAAACGAGAUUCAUGGAAUAGUUAUCGUUAUCAAGCCAAGUGGAGAUACAAUUGCUAUCUGGAACAAGAACUCAAGAGAUUAACAGAUUGUCGACUAGAUAAAGCAAGAUCUCAUCAGAACUUUAAACCUUCCAGAAGAUGUUAAAAUGGACUAUGAGUAAUUCUUCCCUGAUCAAAAACCAGCUGCUUAAGGAAACUGGAAUCAGGGUCAGAAUAAACCAAGAGAUCAAAAUAGAGGAGAAAGAAGAGAUUACGGUUAAUAGUAGCAACAAAAUCCUAACGCACAAAAUUAAUAAAAUCAAGGACAGCAACCCAGAUACAAACCUAAAAACGCUGGAGGUGGUCAAGGACCUCACACUAAAGAGGGAGGCUCUAAAGGAGAAGACCAAAUGUCUCACAAAGCUGAAAGCGGUUCAGUGAAAUUUGAUAUUGCAGGUUCUAAAUCUAUUCUUGGUUUAUUGACUAUGGCCUACAUAGCAGUUGAAGGAUAUCAUCUCGUCUAUAACUUCUAGGUAGUUUCUCAAUUAAAAGACGAUCCCUAUUAUCCUUAAUAAAAACUUGAAAGAUACACAAUGUAUCUGAUUUUUUCGCUACUUCCAUAAAUCUUAGUUGCAAUUUAUGGUUUGACUAUAUGUAUGUUUAAGGAUACGACUAAAAUCCUAAGAAAUGCAUGGCUAUUUAGACUCAUAACUUAUCUAUAUGAUGGACUCAUGUUAUGGGGAUUAUAUAAAAUAUGGUAUGACUGGUGGUUUGAGCACCAUCACAAUCACAGAAUGAUGAGCUAUAUCUUUUAUCAUGACUUUUUAAUCCAAUGGGGAGUAGCUUUCAUAUAUAGUUUGAUAUUUAGAUCAUUGACUAAAGCUGUUCACAUUGGUCCAAAGUCCAAGAGAGAAUGA